AUGCCAUUCUUGUGCGAUCUUGUUGAAUCCCGGCUCAUGCGCACCACCGGUAUGGAUACGGAUGCCGAUGACGACAAUUUUUCUGAUACUUCUGACAUGUCCAAUGAUUUUUUGGAACCUGAUCAUGUCACCUUGUUCCAAGUGAUGAUUUCCGGAUUGGAACUUUGCAAUGCAGUUCUGGAAGAAUUGGAUCUGACCGUCAAUAGCCUCUUCGCCGAUUAA